CCACAACAUCAACACUGAAUGUCCAACUUAAUGAACUCCUCCACCUCCACCCCUCUUCCGAAGUGAGAGCUUCGUCCGUUCCUGUGGUCUGACCAGCUGUACUGUGGUCGUGACAGGUUUUCAGUGCCAGUGUUAAGGCUUCGAGUGGCAGACUUUAACCUUUUUUUUUUUUAUUUGAAUUAUCAGCCAACUUCUGGGCAGUGAUUUUCUUCUACUCUCCAUCUACAGCCGAUUUCCUGCAAAUCAAAGCUGCAUCUUUGACCACAAUGAAGGUGUUGGUCAUUGGGGCCACAGGCCAAUCUGGGCUUUUAAUCAUUUCUGAAGCCCUUGCCAGAGGAUAUGAGGUGAUAGCACUGGUCAGAUGUCCAGAGAAAAUAAACAUAAUGCAUGAGAAAUUAAAAGUUGUUCAAGUUGAUAUACUCAAGUCUGAAGAAAUAGCGGAGAAUCUAAAAGGCUGUGAUGCAGUGUUGUCAGCCAUUGGAGGUCGUCCUGGUAUUAUGACCCCAUGUGAUAUCUAUUCCAAGAGUGGUGAAGCAGUGGUUAAAGCCAUGAGAGAAACAGGAGUCAAGAGAUUCAUAGCCAUCACAGCUUGGGGAACAAAAGAUGAUCCAGAUUUACCAUUUGUUUGGAAAUGGGUUCUGAAGCCAUCAUUUCUGAGAAACAUUGUGAAAGACAUGGAGAUAUUUGAAGACUACCUUCUGAAGGAAUGCAGUGAUAUUAAUUACACAGUGGUGAAACCACCCAGGUUAACCAAUGAACCCUCCAACGGUGAGAAAAUCAUAGCAAAGGAAGGACAAUGCAUUGCCAAUGUAUCAAAUGCAAUAAGCAGGCAAGAUGUGGUCAGAUUUAUGCUAGACAAUAUCACCUCACAAGAUUAUUUCAAGAAAUUGGUCUCGGUAGCGAUGUCCAGUGAAAAGAAGUGAAGCAGAUCAUCCCUUUCUAAACAAAUGAAAAAGAAAAAAAAAAUAUUUAAAAAAUUAGAGACCAAAUUCACUCUUGUUUUUUUAAAGAGCAGAAAUACAAGGUUAAAAAGAGAUCUUUUGACUUUUCAUGUCUCGUCAUUUCACAUCAUUUUUGUAAGCCGUCAGUUUGUCAUGUGAAACAUUCUUAAGUAUUGUCAUGUUCAAAAAUAAAGAAUGUAUAUGAAAACAGAUUUUGGGAAAUUUUAAAUUUCUUAAUUGAACAGGAAUUUUUUUUAAGAAUAUGAAUUUUUUUCUUAUACUUUGUAUUUAUUAUAACUUAUAUAUUUUAAAAGUGAUAUUAAGUUUAAUGCAGAUAUUGUAUAACUUACAGUUUAUGGUAACAUUGUUUUGAAGGAAAAAUAGUUUUUUUUUUAGGAAAAUUAAUUCUGAAAUGAGUUUUGUUCUAUGACUUUAAUUAUUACAGUUUGAUUAUUUAAGUCCCUCCCCCCUCUGACAACCAUAUGAUCUGUAAUAAUCCUGCCUGGUUUGUUUGGGAGAUGGGCUUUAGAACCCAUUUCCAAACAAACGUUAGGAGAUGGUAAAAAUCUUUUGUAAAAUCUUAGACAUGGUCUUAAACAACUCAUCUAGUAAAUUUAUUUUGAUUUUUUUUUUAGUUUGCUGUCUAUAUAUAUAUUGUAUCAAAAUCAUAAAACAAACAAUGAUAUAUUCAAACCUAUCAGAGUACAAAAUAGAACAGUGAAGUUGAAUCACAAAAAUUAGAUCUGUUAUAAUUUCUAUGUUCCUUUAGUCUUUAAUGGAAAGCUUAAAGCGUAAAUGCUUCUAUUACUUUUGUUUAUCAGUGGCAUGGCGUGGGGUAACUUUAAUCUUUCUAAAGACAUUUUUUUUUAAAGAUACCUUCACAAUUAAGGCAGAUAUAAAAAAAAAAAGAGUUUUCCUUUCUUAACUUUUGAAGAUUCUGCUUCAUUUGCUCAAGGCUAACUGUGCAUUCAAGAUUUGUUUUUCUCUCAUUGUAACUUAGUAAACGAAUAACUCAUACAUAUUUAACAAAUGAAUUAUACAAUGUGUUCAUAUUUUAAACAUCAGGCCAGUUUCCUUUCAAUAAAGUCUUCAAACAAAUCUCCACAACUAUCACCAAGCAGGUCAACCCUCUGUGAUAUAUCUUGGAAGUCUUUAGCCUUAUGGGUUCAGCAGUUUAUUGUACACAUACUGUCACAUUUUCAAUGUUUUCGGAAGUGGUGACCCACUUUCAGUCAUUUAUUGAAUUCUUUGUUGUUGUUGUUUUUUUUUUUUUUUCAUUAGUUUUUAUGUACCAUAUUCAUAUGUAUCUGUUAUUAGGACAACCAUAUUUUCUUAUUGGUCAUUUUAAGUCAAACUGUACAUAAAGGUGCUUACUUUGUCAAAUUUACUGAGAGUUGGCAACAA